AUGGACAUUCGGUUAGGUGGUGAGAAUAAUGAAUUCGUAGACGGAAUGAAUCGAGGUUUUGUGCCCUACUUUCCAUCUGCCAUGAUGCCAACAACACAAACGCCUUCGUUCGUAUUACCGGAAUACAGUCCAGUGUUACCACAAAGACCUUCGCCGACGAGUGAAGAGAGUAGUGAAAGUGGGGGAAAACUGUAUCCCGGGGUGUCCUCAGCUUCCAGACCCCAUUCAGAAAACUCUAUGUCUUCUCCCAUUAGUGCGACAUCUACCUCAUCUUCAUCGCCAUCAUCGUCGCAAGCUUCGUCAGACGCAGGGGAACCCACGAACACCAGUAAGAGGAAAGGGGCACCGUAUAUCCCAAGUUAUAUGGACCUUAGCAAUGGACCAGAACCUUGUGUUGUUUGUGGGGACGCAGCUACCGGGUAUCAUUAUCGCUGUAUGACCUGUGAAGGUUGCAAGGGCUUCUUCCGCCGUACAAUUCAGAAGAAUCUACAGUAUCAUUGCAAGUGGAAUAAAAUGUGUUCGAUCGAUAAAAACUCUCGUAACCAGUGCCAAGAGUGUAGAUUUAGAAAAUGCUUAAAUGUUGGCAUGGCAACGGAUCUUGUUUUAAAUGAAAAGCAAAGGAAGGCAAAGAGAAAACUGAUUGAGGAUAAUAGAGUAAAAAGAAAACAAGAGACCACAAAAAUAAAGACAAAGCAGACGGAAGGAUGUAACCACGAUACACUUACAGACACGGACAAAACAAUAAUAGCGGAAGUGACAUCAGCCUACGAGCAGACUGCUGUCAAAGUGCCAAUCAAAGAGCCAAUGACACAAGAUGGCUUACCCUCUUCGGACCCGGAAGCAUGGCAACAGUUAGCAGAAGCCAUGACGCCAUCUAUUGUCAAAGUUGUGGAGUUUGCCAAAAACGUACCAGGCUUUAUCCAGUUGUUUGUGGACGACCAGAUCCUGUUACUAAAGUCUUGUUGUAUGGAGAUCAUGUGUCUGCGCGCCGCCUGUCGGUACGAUCCGGAGAAAGAGACCAUAACCAUGCAUAAUGGUGUCUGUCUACACAAAUCGCAGCUCAAAUCAGAGGGUCUUGGUCUCCUGGUGGAACCAAUAUUUGAAUUUGCUGUUGGUCUGUCAAAACUAAAACUGGACAAAACUGAGCUUGCGUUACUUGCAGCUGUCUUGCUCAUGCAGUCUGAUCGUUCGGGUUUAAAAGAGCCGGAAGCUGUGGAAAAACUCCAGGAUUCCGUACUUGGAGCAUUUAAGCGUUAUAUAGCGACCAACCGACCUCACCAACCAGUGCACUGGGCAAAGAUCCUUAUGAAAGUGACGGAUCUGCGCACUAUCAGUACCCGUCAUGCAGAGCGCGUGUUGUGCAUCCGGCUUGAUCACCAAGGUGAUAUUCCUCCGCAACUCUUGGACUUAUUCAAUGAGGGGCAGACAUAUUAUAGCUGAAAUAAUUCUUGCGGACAUAAUAUACCUCGAAGUAAUGUUUUGUUGUUCACAGGUGCUGUAUAUAACUGGUGAAUAUGUAGUAUUAAUACCAAUGCUUCAAGCAAUUCGCAUGUUAUCAUAGAAAUCCAAAGGGUGUCUAAAAAAAGAUGUCUCCUCAGUUAAAAUCGGUUGUUGAUGGCGAUGAGAUAUAUCACAGGAAGUUAACUUUUCUCCGUGGUCUACUGCUGCCAUAGGUCUAUCAGCAUUGGGAAAGGUGUACCAUAGAAUUCUUUGUCUUAAUGUGAAAAAAGUCAUAAUAAUGUUAACUUGUACCCUAUUUAUUAGCUGAAUAGCACUGCUAACUUUGGGAAAACACACCAGGCAGUUCUGAAACCUUUUCAUGACUUUUGUCACGAUACGCUGUUAAAAUAUUAAAAUAUGAACUUUUGUUUUUACUCGCUCUACAUUUAGUGCAAGCAGCUUGUAGUGUCUAAUAGUUAGUGCUAAUGCUUCUAAAAUGUCUUUGUUAGCAAACGCAGUGCAGAAAUGUCCCGAGUGUGUAUAAAGAAUUACGGGUUUUUGUGUUGUUCCAUGUUUCCCCUAUUAGAUAUAUGAAUUGUUAUCAUUGUUGUAAACAUAUAACUGUUUCAUAUUGUAUAUCGGUUGUUACUGUAUUAAAAUUUAGCUGCUACAUCCAUACCUUCUCAGCUCAUGGGGCGGAUCUUAUGCUGAUAAGUAUUGUUUGUUUGUUUCAUUUUUUUUAUGAUGUACCGGUAUCUAUUUCGGUUCCGUAUUAUUGAACGAAAUAUUGAAAGAUUUGGAAAUUGUGAGCGAACAGUGCGACCAAAUUGCUUGACGCUCUUAAGAAAUUAGUAUAAGUACUGAUCUCUUCGAAAGAAAAGACUGUAAAACCGUGUUAUACUGUUAUCAAUCAAAGCUACUAGAAUAUGAGAUCAGUCGUCUUUGUAAUAUCCCGGUCAAAUUUUAACCUUGCUCUUUUAAGGUGAUUCAAGCAAAAUUGAAAUGAUUUUUCUUGAUUUUCUCUACCUCACUUUUUUUAUCUCCUUUUUUGAAAUUAU